AUGGUCCAUGAUAUAAAUUGUGAUCUUGCUGCCUUAAAUCAGUGGUCGAUUCAAAAUAAGAUGAGUAUUAACGACGAAAAAACAAAGUUUAUGCUUAUAUCAGGAAAGCGUCUUGAAAAGAAAAUCUUAGAAAAAGGGAAUAUGGACAUGGCAGUUAAAGUGGAUGAUACACAGAUUACUGAAGUAAAUUGUCAAAAACUCCUUGGAGUAACGAUUGACAAUAGAUUAAAUUAUGAAGAACAUAUUGAUCGAUUAUGUCGGAAACUCUCGAAACAGCUUGGUCUUCUUAAACACAUUAGUCCGUACCUCAAGAAACAGCAAAGGGAGUUGUACUUUAAUAGUGUUAUAAAGCCUACGAUGAUGUACGGGAGUGUAAUCUGGGAUAAUUGCAAUGCUGAAUGUUUUCAAAGAGUAUUGAAACUUCAAAAGCGGGCAGCCGGAUUAUUUUGGAUGCAGAAAAGAUGGCACCUUCAAUUGUUAUGUUUAACACUUUAA